GGCUGUUCCGUAAAAGAAAUAAGAAAAAGGGGAAUCUGCGAAAGGCAAAAAAUUUGCCUAGGUUUAGGGUUUCGUUAUCUUUUCUGUUCUCUCUCAUAAUUACCUCACCCCUCAUCAACUCACAAGAUUGUCGAUUUCCUUAUAAUUUACUUUUUAUACCGCAUACUCUCAUUGAAGCUUCAAUCUUUUUCGCAUUUUCUUUCGAGAUCGAAGAUUCCGAGUUGUUUCGUCUUCUGUAUUUCAACUGGUUUUUUCAUUUUCUUUUCGUAUUAUUCCUAAAUUAUUGUGUAUCCGAACGAUUGCAGUGUUUCUUGUAUCCCUUAGGGGAAUUUAUAUUUGGUGAAUGGAGUCAUGAGCUUUCGUCUAAUUGUUUGAUUUGGGUCACAUCCCUUGAAAUAUCGGCACUUAUCAGAUUUGAGCUUUGGCUGUUUACUGGAUUUGAAGGUAUCUGUGGGAGUGAAUGUAUCCUGCUGGAAUGGAUUAUGCUCGGGAAAGCAGCACAGUGUUAAUCACUACUCGGUUUGUUUGGCCAUAUGGAGGAAGAACUGUGUGCUUGAGUGGUACAUUCACAGGGUGGUCACAGUGGCCAAUGACUCCUGUAGAGGGUUGCCCUUCGGUGUUUCAAACUAUCUGUAGCCUACCACCUGGGUACCACCAGUAUAAAUUUGUUGUUGAUGGUGAAUGGAGGCAUGAUGAGAACCAACCUUUUGCUACUGGAAACUAUGGGAUUGUAAACACUGUUAUGUUGCCUAGAGAAACUGACUACCUUCCUGCAGUUGCAAGUACCCAGACUGCUCCUAAUUCUAACAUGGAUGUCGAUAAUGAUACCUUUCAGCGUGUGGUUAGGGUGUCGGAUGGUGCAUUGGAUGCUGUGUCUAGAAUAUCACAGGCAGAUAUAGAGAUAUCUCGCCACCGUAUAUCUGCAGUCCUCUCCACACACAUGGCGUAUGAGUUGCUUCCUGAGUCGGGAAAGGUGAUUGCAUUAGAUGUUGAUCUCCCUGUAAAGCAAGCGUUCCAUAUUCUGCACGAGCAGGGUAGUCCUAUGGCUCCUCUCUGGGAUUUCAACAGGGGACAUUUUGUUGGAGUUCUUAGUGCGUUGGAUUUUAUCUUAAUUAUGCGGGAGCUUGGAAAUCAUGGGUCCAACCUUACAGAGGAGGAACUUGAGACACAUACUAUAUCUGCUUGGAAAGAAGCAAAAUCAUACAUAAAUGGACAGAUUAAUGAACGAGGGGGAGCAGCUCUUAGAGUGCUUGUAUCUGCUGGCCCAGAUGACAAUUUGAAAGAUGUUGCUUUGAAAAUUUUGCAAAAUGGUGUAGCUACAGUUCCUAUCAUUCAUUCACCCUCAGAGGAUGGGUUAUAUCCACAGCUACUGUAUCUUGCUUCACUUGCUGAAGUACUAAAAUAUCUUUGUAGGUAUUUCAGGCAUUCACCAGCAUCUCUUCCCAUUCUUCAAUUGCCAAUUAAUGCCAUACCAUUAGGGACCUGGGUUCCCAAAAUUGGAGAGCCAAAUCGACGGCCGUUGGCGAUGUUGAGACCUACUGCCUCGCUUAGUGCAGCACUGAAUUUAUUGAUUCAAGCUCAAGUUGGUGCAAUUCCCAUUGUUGAUGAGAAUGACUCAUUAUUGGAUAUAUAUUCUCGAAGUGAUAUCACAGCCUUGGCCAAGGACAAAAUUUAUACACACAUCAAUCUUGACGAAAUGACCAUUCAUAAGGCAUUGCAGCUUGGAGAGGAACCGUAUGCUUCCCCAUACAUGGUUGGCAAUGAAAGAUGUCACAUGUGUUUACGGUCUGACCCGCUCCAUAAAGUGAUGGACAAGUUAUCCAAGCCAGGUGUUAGACGGCUUGUGAUUGUGGAGGCUGGGAGCAAGCGCGUUGAAGGUAUCAUAUCUCUUAGUGAUGUUUUCCGGUUCUUGCUUGGAUAGGGUGGGAGUGGGAACAAUGACUUUGAUGGUGCCACUGCUGCAACGACGCCCACUUUCAGCAGUGAUCUAAUCUCAAUUCUUUCAUGUAUACACAACUGGAUUGGCCUCAAAUGUUGGGGCCUGGUUCUUUUUACUAUGUUGGGCUUCAAAUGAGGCGUGAUGUAAAUUGUCAUAUUUGUUUUCUUUUCCUUGUUUCAAAACGUCGUCAAAUAUGUAGCAGCAUUUACUAUAUAAACUAGUGUCUCCUUGUUCUGCAGCAAAGACAGCUGCCAUUUUUCCUCCAAAUUCUUGGGGCUUGUC